GACAGGGCUUCUGGUUGUGGCGGAAGAAGGGAUCUCACACAGGGAGUGGGUUUGGGAAGGACAUCUGGAGAGUUGUGAGAGUAGGUAAGCACGACCCCAGCUAGACUGGCAAACGGUAGAGGAGACUCAGGAUGCUGGAAGUGGGCUAGGGGCAGAGACAGGCAUCCGAGCAGCGCACAAUCCGCACUAAGGGAAACAACAACAGCCCUUAUGAUGAACAGAGACAGAUUUGCUUGCGAAGCUUCAUAACCCUUACGAGAUACUGAGUAUCGGGACAUAUUCUCUAUUUGCUACUGCGUUGGCGUCUCACUAUAAAGGUCAGCAUCCCAACCUGGUAAAUAUAACCCUUCUGUGACCAGCGCAAGGCAACGAGCAGCAGUAUUUUAGGUUUGGUGUACAACUUUAAAUUCACAGCAUGAAGGAGACGGAGAACCAGACUGUUCCUCUCAAUUCUACAAGCCCUGAAGAUACCUCUAAUACUUCUAAUAUGGCUUCUGAAGGCACCCAUGAGACCAUGCAGCUAAAAAAGGAAAUUUCAUUGCUUAAUGGGGUCAGCCUCAUUGUGGGCAACAUGAUUGGCUCAGGAAUCUUUGUGUCACCCAAGGGUGUGCUUAUUUACUCUGCCUCCUAUGGCCUGUCUCUAAUACUUUGGGCAUUGGGGGGCAUCUUCUCAGUUAUUGGGGCCCUUUGCUAUGCAGAGCUGGGUACUACUAUCAAAAAAUCUGGAGCAAGCUAUGCUUACAUACUUGAAGCCUUCGGUGGCUUUGUUGCCUUUAUAAGACUCUGGACCUCUCUACUCAUCAUUGAACCCACCAGCCAAGCUGUCAUUGCUAUUACCUUCGCCAAUUACCUGGUGCAACCCGUCUUUCCAUCUUGUAACCCACCUUAUAUGGCAUCCAGGCUGAUUGCUGCUGCUUGCGUGUGUCUCAUCACAUUUAUAAACUGUGCAUAUGUAAAAUGGGGGACACGAGUGCAGGAUCUUUUUACCUAUGCAAAGGUCAUUGCACUAAUUGCUAUUAUCAUAACUGGGAUUGUCAAACUCUCUCAAGGACAAACAGAGAACUUUGAAGAUUCCUUUGCAGGUUCAUCAUGGGAUGCUGGAGACAUCUCUUUAGGACUGUACUCUGCACUUUUCUCUUAUUCGGGUUGGGACACACUGAAUUUUGUAACUGAAGAAAUUAAGAACCCAGAAAGGAACCUACCUUUAUCCAUUGGGAUUUCCAUGCCACUUGUCACUAUUAUAUAUAUUUUGACCAAUGUAGCUUAUUAUACUGUUUUAGAUUUCAACGCUGUUGUUGCCAGUGAAGCAGUUGCAGUGACGUUCGCUGACCUGGUAUAUGGCGUUUUCAGUUGGACAAUACCUGUGGCUGUGGCACUUUCCUGUUUCGGUGGACUUAACUCUUCCAUUCUUGCUGCCUCCAGGCUGUUCUUUGUUGGAGCAAGGGAGGGACAUCUACCUGACAUGCUGUGCUUAAUCCAUCGAGAGAGGUUUACUCCUGUGCCUGCACUGCUGUUUAAUUGUGCUGCUACCCUCGUCUAUUUGGCUGUGAAAGAUGUCUUCCAGCUUAUCAACUAUUACAGUUUCAGUUACUGGUUCUUUGUUGGCCUGUCUAUAGCUGGUCAGAUUUAUCUGCGCUAUAAAAGGCCUGAACUACCACGACCAGUCAAGCUCAGCUUGUUUUACCCCAUCGUAUUUUGCCUGUGUACAGUCUUUCUGGUGAUUGUUCCACUGUACAGUGAUACUGUGAAUUCUCUUAUUGGGAUUGGCAUAGCCUUGUCUGGGAUUCCUGUCUACUUCAUGGGAAUUUAUCUCCCUGAAUCCAAAAGGCCUCCUUUCAUUAGCAAGAUUUUAGCUUUUCUUACACGGUGGACUCAGAUGAUUUUCAGCUGUGUUUUGACAGAGAUGGAUCCUAACGAUGAAAAAAAAGAAGAAGCAAAAUCCAACUAAAAAAGGAACAGUGCAAUAAGAAAUGUGGAAUGAAAAGAACUAGCUGCAUAAAUAAGGUUCCUGGUAAAAAUACCAGUUUAUGGAGAUGAUGAGUGCUAGAUUGCACAGAAACAGGAUAUUUAUAUGGGUGUUGUUGGAUGAUCUGCAGAGUUAAGAUCAAACAUCUCCCUGGAUUGAUAUACACUCCUUCUGUUGAAAUUUUAGUGCAAUUUUGACAAAAAUUAAUUUCACACACCAUGUGCAUAAACAGGGAAACUUUCUCUUCCUUUUUUUUUUUUUUAAUCAAAGCACUACUUUCAGGAAACCACUGAUACAAAACUGCAAUCUGUUAAAUCUUACCUAUCCAAAAGAACAUUUGGGGCAGUAUUUACACUGAUGUACUUUCAGUUCACUUGCCAAAUGGAGGAAUUCCAUUAUAACUAUAUUUGUGUUGCACAGUGUAAAAACAAAAUCAUAAUUUAACUCCCAGCUACUGGAAAAAGUGUUCCUGUCAGCACAGUCUUGUAGCGUUUUUAGUUUUAAAAGGUUUUUAUUGUCCUAGCUAAAAUUCCAAAGUGUAGAUAAUGAACUAUCUAUGCAAAGUGUUUCAAGUAUAUACAGUAACAGACAGGAAUAAACUAGUUAGCUGGAACCCCGUUCUGGUGAAUUAGAUUCUAGCAUAUAAUAUUCCAACAGUAUCUGUUGACUAGAAUUUUUAAGUUUUUUUUUCUUCUUUUAUCUUACUGUCCCUCUUUUAAAGUUAGUGAACAAAUUGUCAGCAAUAUUGUCUAGCUUUGAGGUACUGGUACUCUCUAGGGCAGGUUUGCAAUGGAGCUGCAACAGUUCCUCUACUUGAUGGAGUCUACUGGGGAGUUUUUGUUUAACAGCUACUAAAGGGGUGAGGUUUGUUUAUGCCUUAUGGGUUGGUAAAAGGGUAUGAGUGUUAUUUUUUUUUUUAAAAAUUGUGGAAUUAACAUAAGUCAGUAUAAUAUAGUAUAGUAAUGUGCUAAAAAAACACAUUACCGUAUAUUGCCCCUUAGUUAUUUAAUUAGUUAAUUCAGGGGAAGGCACAACAUGCAUUCAGUACACUAUGUACAUGUGCCCUUUAAAAUGUAUCUACUUUUACAAAAAGUUGUGUGUGCAGGCAUGGCUAUUAAAUUAUGUAUUUUCAUACAAAA